AGCCGCUGGCCCGGGAGGAAGCAGCUUCUGCCCCGUGGCACCCGGGAUGUCACGCCCCGGAACUGGGGCCCACCAGCCCGUUUCUCCCUUGCUUUAAAGCCCUGUAGGGCUAAGUCUUGUCCUUGCUGGGAAGUGGGUGGUUGGGCAGAGGGAAUCCCUGGGGGGAGGAAUGGUCCAGCCUUGUUAUUAGACAUCAGAGAGUCUCCACGGGCAGCAGCAGCAGCAGCUUUCACGCUUGGCUCCCAAGGAGAACUCAGCCCAUCCGUUCCCUGCCCACGGAUUGACUGACCCACGGGGCAUGCAGAGGGGAAGAGGUGUCCGGUCUGUCCCCUCCCCACGGUCCGUGGAGGGCAGGUCGUCCCUGCCCUUCCUGGAGCCGCGGCAGAGCCGGGACCCCGACAGGGGCUGAGACGCCCCCGGUGGGCUGAUACCGAGAUUAGAGGACGGCGAGUUGGGAUCCCGGGAGCGGGAUCCGGAACGAGGGGUAGGGGCUGGGACCGCUGGUACAGAACUGAGACCCUGGGGCAAAGACCGGGACCCCCCGCGGGAGCAGGUGCGGGUACCGCCGGGGCAGGGGCCGUGGCCGUUGCCGGGGCCGUUGCCGAGGCCAGACCGGUCCCUGCCCCCGCCAGGCUCCACCCCGGGCGGUGCGGGAUAAAACUUCGGGCACCUCCCCGGCAGCUCCGCGUCAGGGCUGCGCUCGGACCGGCUGCAGCGCUCAGGAGGUGACACCGCACCCACCACCACCUCCCCCCGGGACGUUUCUGGGGUCUCUUUUCCUCUUCCUGCCACCGGAGGCAGCUGGGCUCCCGCCGCGCCGGGAUCCGCGGGGCCGUGUUCGGUCGGCGGAUGGACCCGCAGCCCGGCGCCAGGAGCUGCAGCCGCGGGGCUCCCGCCUGCGAGGUGGGGCCACCCGAACCCCCCAUGAACCUCUACAUCCACACCACCACCGGCACCCGCUAUGAGCUCUCGGUGCCCGCCGAGGAGACGGUGGAGGGGCUGAAGCGACGGCUGUCCCAGCGCCUCAAGGUGCCCAAGGAGCGUCUGGCGCUGCUGCACAAAGAGAGCCGCCUCAGCUCGGGCAAACUGCAGGACCUGGGGGUCGUGGAAGGCAGCAAGCUGACACUGGUGCCCACCGUGGAGGCCGGCUUGAUGUCCCAGGCGUCCAGGCCAGAACAGUCGGUGAUGCAAGCUCUGGAAAGCUUAACUGAAACUCAGGUCAACGACUUCUUGUCAGGCCGGUCCCCGCUGACCCUGGCCCUGCGCGUGGGUGACCACAUGAUGUUCGUGCAGCUGCAGCUGGCGGCUCAGCAGAGCACCGGACAGCUCCAGCACCGCCACCUCAUUGCCAGCCGCGGCGAGGCAGGGGCCAGCGCCAGCCCCCACUGCCGGACGCUGCACGGUGCCAGCGGCUCAGGCUUCACCCGCAUCCCCGUGGUGCCCUCAUGCCAGCAGAGCCCGGCCCCCAGCCCCACGCCCACUGCACCGCCCCCCCCCAUGUACUGUAACGCCCCUCACGCCGCUCCUGUCACCGCCGGGAUGUUCCGGUCACACGGGGCCAGCACGCAGACGGUGAACAGCAGCGUGGUCUCCUCCUGCUCAGAGGUGGACUGUGGUUCCCGCGGCAGCAGCUCCCCGGGCAGCAGUCCGGCCGCCUCGGCCCGAUCCCGCAAGCCCGGGGCGGUCAUCGAGAGCUUCGUCAACCACGCGCCUGGGGUCUUCUCAGGGACCUUCUCCGGCACUUUGCACCCCAACUGCCAGGACAGCAGUGGGCGGCCGCGGCGGGACAUUGGCACCAUCCUGCAGAUCCUCAACGACCUCCUCAGCGCCACGAGACACUACCAGGGCAUGCCCCAGUCCCUGACACAGCUCCGCUGCCAGACGCAGUUCUCCUCCUCCUCCUCCUCCUCUUCCUCCUCCUCCUCGCCGCCUGCCUCUCCAGACCUCGCCACCAAAACUACCUCAGAGCCGCUGCCGGCGGCCGCCGCCCCCACCCUACACCCCGUUGUCCAGUGCCAAAGCCAGAUCCGGAUGUGCAAGCCCAGUGGGGACCGGCUGCGGCAGACGGAGAACCGGGCGACGCGCUGCAAGGUGGAGCGGCUGCAGCUGCUGCUGCAGCAGAAGCGGCUGCGGCGGAAGGCGCGGCGGGACGCGAGGGCUCCGUACCACUGGGUGCCCAACCGCAAGGCCGGGCGCACCAACAGCAACAGCAGCGUCUCCAGCGAGGGCAGCCUGGACCUGGACUUCGAGGACUCGGUCUGGAAGCCGGAGGUCAAGGCCGAGAUGAAAUCCGAGUUUGUCGUAGCAUAGAGAGCCAGGGCCCCGGGGGACUGUGCCGGGGGGUCCCACUCGCUGGCCCCGCUUUGGGGAGGCAGUGCUGGCAUCGCGGGCCGGGGCUCCUCGAGAUUUGCCAUCCCCUGUGACCAGACGUGUUGGGCUGACCUGCGUGUUGGGGGGAGCCCCCCGUCCCCCUGCUCGGUCGGGUUUGGGGCGAUGGGGAAGAGCAGUAGGAGCUGCCCCCUCCUUGCAGCCUCCCCAGCCGGGGGGUCCUGGCACCCGGGGGGGCCCUGGGGCGUAUCGAAGCUGCUGCUUUGCUGUGAAGAGGGACACAGCCGGGUUGGCUCCGGCCCCACCGCGUGCCACCCCACCCCGGUGCAGGCAGGACGAGAUGAAGUCUCUCUCGGAGGUGCUGGAGCCCCCCUGAUUUGGGGGCUGUUUGUUUUCCUUCCCUUCUAUAUGUAGCAUUGCUCGGCUGUGGGGCUGGGCCCCCCCGGGUGGCCGGGGGGACAUGUGUGCCUGGGCCCCACAGCUGCAGCCUGGGGAGGGGGGACGGGGGUGGGGGGGCUUUGUUUUUUGCGGGGUGUUAAUUUUGUUUGGGGAGGGAGAAGCCAAGGCGCCUUCCCUCCACGGCCGAGCCCAACUUCCGAGUCCCUGGACUCCUUCCCACCCGCCGCUUGGGUGGUUGGAUUUUUUUCUUUUUUAACUUAAAAAAAAUAAAAAAAGAAGAAAAAAAAAAGGAAAAAAAACCCUGAAUAAAUAACCCCAAACUCGGUCCCGGCUGCAGGGCCGGUAUUUAUAGACAUUAAUGACCCGACUGAGCCAAUACUGACAUAGUCUUCAUAGGCCGUAGGAUCCUUUUUCUCGUCCGACUUGGAUUUUUUUCCGUCAGGAUCUGUGCAAAUAGAGCCCCCACGUGAUGUGUUUUUUGUCUGUAAAAGUCUUUUUUUUUUUUUUUUUUUUUUUGUGUGUGUGUGUUUUGGGGAACGGGGGGCGGGGGGAAGAGCAAGGCUUUUUUGGUCUUUAAUAUUUUAUUUUUUAUUUUUGAAAUAAAUUUGGGCAGUCUGGA